CUCUCGGCCGAGGAGACAUUUCUCCGGACAUUUUGCUGCAGAAGCGUCACCUUUUCCCCGUCCAGCAUGAAGCGGCUGCUUCUCCUCUGUCUCUGCCUUCAUGCUGUGCUCUGUGACAUCGAAUAUGAUGAUUAUGAGAACGAGAAAGCAGAGAGCAAGAAGGUGUUGGACCCGAGGGGCCACAGGCCAUUGACAGGAGGUAAUGAGCGUUACAUCGCACCCGUUGUUGUCCCGCCUCCCAUCAGUGGGAGCGGGUCCUACCGAGGCCGGCCCACCAUCGCGCCAUUACGUAUCCCACAGCGACAGGAGAAGGAGGAGCAGCCUGAUGCAGGGGGCUGCACCCAUGCCUCCGAGCAGAUGGGUGUUUUGUGCCCAACUGGAUGCGAGCUGAAGACAACCCUAUUGAAGCAGGAAAGGAAUGUGAAGGCUGUGAUUACGGACAUACGGCGGGAUGUGAAUGACCUGUCCAGGUCGUCAAACACAGUCUACAGCUAUGUGGAUGGACUCUCCUCCCAUCUUAGGGACCGGCAGCGUCUUGUGGAUGAUAAUGGCAACAUCAUCACUACGUACACAUCUGAUAUGGAGGAGCAGCAUGUCUUCAUCAAGGAGACUAUCGAUACGUCCUUCCCCUCCACCAUCCGUCACCUCCAGCAGAUCCUGGACACCGUCCGCAACAAGAUUCAGAAGAUUGAGACAGCCAUCAUGAGCCAGCGGGACAAGUGCAACAAGCCAUGCACUGUCUCAUGCCCCAUCCCCGUGGUCUCAGGCAAGGAGUGCGAGGACAUUUUCCGUAAGGGAGGCACCACGUCUGAGAUGUAUCUCAUCCAGCCCGACUCAUUCUUCAGGUCCUACAAGGUGUACUGUGACAUGACCACUAUGAAUGGAGGCUGGGCUGUCAUUCAAAACAGGCAGGACGGCAGCGUGGACUUUGGCCGGAGAUGGGAUGACUACCGAACUGGCUUUGGAAACAUCGCUCUUCCAAAUGAGAAGGGCUUCUGCCACAAGCCAGGGGAAUACUGGCUGGGUAAUGACCGCAUCAGCCAGCUCAGCAAGAUGGGCCCCACAGAGAUCCUGUUUGAAAUGACCGACUGGACUGGCAGUCGUGUGCAGGCCAAGUACAACCAGUUCACGGUGCAGGGCGAGAAUUCCAACUACGUCUUGUCCGUGGCCGGCUACUCGGGCACUGCAGGCGAUGGCCUCCUCAUAGGCGCCAAGGAGCUCAGUGGGGAGAACCGCACCAUGACCAUCCACAACGGCAUGAUGUUCAGCACGUAUGACAGAGACAAUGACAACUGGCUACCAGGGGACCCAUCUAAGCAGUGCUCCAGGGAGGAUGGGGGUGGCUGGUGGUACAACCGCUGCCACUCGUCAAACCCCAACGGGCGCUACUAUUGGGGUGGUCUGUACACCAAGCACAUGGCCAAACAUGGCACGGAUGAUGGCAUCGUAUGGAUGAACUGGAAGGGCUCUUGGUACUCACUGAAGGCCAUCAGCAUGAAGAUCAGACCUUUCUUUCCAUCCCGAUAGACGCAGAGCAACCAGGGCCACUGCAUCACAGUUCUUGCACUUUAGCCAGUAUAAUAACAGCGCAGUAACAGCAAGUAAGAAUUAAAAUAAAAAAAAACAGCCACUGAUCUGUAAACUGUAAAGGAAUUUUUACAGCUGCUGAGAUUUAGACAUUAACUUGUCCUGCACUUAACCCUGAAAAGCAUUGUAUGGAAAAAUAGCUUGGGAAGGAAAGAAAUAUGUAUAAAGCUUGACUGUUGAAAUACAAUGAAUAAGGUGAGAACAGGAGCUGCACGUUUU